AUGCCCGUCGCCAACCCGACCGCCCGCACCACCUCGCCUGCCACCGCGCCCGUCCAGCCCGCACACCGCACCCGCCAAGUCACCCGCAAGAUCAUGAACGAGUACACCCACAUGUUCAACGCUCAGCCGUCGGCAAAGGGCGCCUUUGACGAGGCCGCCGCCGACCUGACGGCUUUCCUCGACUUCUCGUCGUACAACACCGACAGCAUCGUCGUCCCCGAGGCGACGCCCGAGUUCGGCACCGCGUUUGGCGGCGUCCAAGGUGCGCCCAUGGGCGCGCUCCGCCCCGUCGACGACUCGCUGCUCGACUCGCCCCUCGACCUCGAGCUGUCGCCGGCGUCGUCGUUCGCGUCGUCCUUGUCGGGCAGCCCGUUCGACCUCGCCAUGUCGUCGGCCGACUUUACGUCGCCGCUCCUGUCGUCGUUCGACUCGCCCCUCCUCGAGUCGUUCUCGCUGUCGCACUCGGCGGCGGGCGAGUACCCGAGCCUGUUCGCCCCGGCGCCCGGCGCCGACUUCCUCACGUCGUCGUCGACGGCGGCGUCGUUCGCCAUGCCGGCCGAGUCGCAGUGGGCGCCGCAGGACCUGCAGCUCCCGGCCCUCCCGCCGGUCGGCAACGGCCUCGCGACGUCGUCGCCGAUGGAGGACGUCAAGCCCGUCAUCCUCGCGUCGCCGCCGACCCUGGCCCGCAACGAGUCGGCCCUGUUUGACGCGUACGCCAUCGCCGCCGCCGUCGCCGCCCCCGAGCAGCCCAGCGCCUCGGCCGCGGCACCCGUCGCCGAGCCUGCGCCCGCUCCCGCGCCGCAGCACACGGUCGGCGUCGAGACGGCGACGCACACGGCGUCGGGCAAGCGCAAGUCGGUCGCGCAGCUGCGCAAGGAGGCGGCCCAGGCCAUGCCCGAGCAGUCGUUCAAGAAGGACAAGUUCACCGGCGUGCGCAACACGAAGAAGCCGAUGAUCGACCUCGACGCGCCGACGCUGCCCAAGAACUACCUCACCGAGUCGGCGACGAGCAAGAAGCGCGCCGGGUCGGCCAAGUACGCGGCGUCGAUCGUCAAUAAACGCCAGCGCUCCAUGUCGUCGGCGACGCCGGCGCCCGAGCUGCCCCAGACGCAGCCCGACCCGAUCGACGCCGAGAACCUCGACGAGGAGCAGCUCACGGCCAUCGAGAUGAAGCGCCGCUCGAACACGCUCGCUGCGAGGAAGUCUCGCAUGCGCAAGGCCCAGCACAUUGCCGAGAUGCAGGACGAGAUCGCUCGCCUGCAGAGCCUCAACGAGACGCUCCAGGCCGAGCUGGCUGCCGCUCGCGCCGGUUGCUCGUGCGCCAAGUAAAGGAGGACGCUCGGCGCCAGCCCGGUCGUCGCUCGGUCGGUCGGGUGUGCGUGUGUGCGGGCCGGAUGGAGGUCGCUCUCGGUGCGCGUUGCGCGGCGAGUGUGCGGCCUCGGUGUUGAUGCUCUCCCUCUCGGCCUCUUUUCCCCUCUCUCUCGUCCCUAUUCUUUCUAGCGAUCUCUCCCCUUGUGCAACGUCUUUGUUACCUCUCCGUC